UCCUCUCACCCUCUGACGUAACGGUGGUUGCUGUUAGUAUGCCUGGUAGCUGCUUGGCUGCUGCUGGGGAGCUGACGUGUAUGAGCCACUGUCUGACCUCAGGAAGUUUCAUAUCUUGUGCUCGAGUUUCAGUUGACCCAUAUCCCAGAUAUUUCUCCGGUACUUCACACUGGAUCUGAAAGUGUCCGGUAAAGUGUGAAAUAGUUUCCCUUCACACCUUUGGUCUUGCAUAAGGUGAACUUCAUGUCCAAGAUUCAGCUCUCGACUGCUGAUCAAGUUUAACAUCAUGUCCAAGAAGAGGCUAAGGGAUGACCAGGAACGCUCGGGUCCAUAUAUAAAGCGCUGCUCACCAGACAAAAAGGAGGACAUUCCAAUUCCUGUGGAAGAGAAACCAACAAAGCAGGAAUAUGCUGUAGCUACCUACUUAAAGAAGAACUGCCCUACAAAGAAGACCAAGUUUCUCAACCACCCUGUUAACUAUUUCUAUGCAAACAAGGCUGUUGACACUCUCCUAGACUCUCAAUGGGCUACAGGCAAGGACAUCCUGUUCACUGACCGUCAGUCUGUUGUUGACUACUGCAACAAGCUUUUGAAACAUAAGUUCUUCCACCGUGCCAAGAAAAUCCCCAUCACUGACCGAGACCUGAAACCCAAGGAUUUGAAGAAGAAAAAAGAGAAGGAGAAAGAGGAGAAGAAAAAGAAGGAAUCAGAAAAGAAGAAAGACAAGGAUGAGAAGAAAGUGAAAGAGGAAGAAAAGAAGAAAGAUAAGGAUGAAAAGAAAGUGAAGGAGGAAGAAAAGAAAGAGAGCGUCGAAGAAGAGGAGGAGUCCAAGCAGGAAGAUACUAACGGAGAUAAAGAUGAGAAAGACGGAAAGGAUAAGGAUGAAGAAAAGGAAAAAAAGAAGAAAAAGAAGUCUAAAAUCAAGCUGGACAUGCAUUUGGAACAAGUGUUUGUUGAUGGGAGCGAUGCUUAUGUAUGGAUGUAUGAUCCCAUUCCAUUUUGGUAUUAUAUUGCCGGUAGCCUCUGUCUGUUCGGCGCCAUCGCAGUUUGCUUAUUUCCUCUCUGGCCACCAAGUGUUCGGAAAGGUGUAUAUUAUCUGAGUGUGGCUGCAGCUGGCUUCUUAGGUGUGAUUUUGGGGUUGGCAGUGUUGCGGUUCGUUGUGUUUAUCGUCAUAUGGGUAUUGACAAUGGGUAUCCAUCACCUCUGGCUGUUACCGAACCUUACUGAAGAUGUUGGCUUCUUUGCUUCAUUCUGGCCGCUGUAUCAUUAUGAGUACCGAGGUGCAGGGUAUGAAAAGAAAAAGAAGAAGAAAAAGAUUAAAGAGGAGGAAGAUGAAAAGGACCAAGAUGAGCAAGAUAAGAAAUCUGAUGCAGAUGACACACUUGACAGUCCUGACACAGCAGCUGAGACAGAUAAACAUGAGACAGACAUUGACAGGGUUGCUGAGGAACAAACUGCUGCAAGUGAGACAGAGUCAGAAAAUUCAAACUCGCAGGCGUUUGAAAUGGUUGAAAAAGAGGAUGUUGACGCUGCAGAGAUCGGAGAGAAGGAGGAAGAGGAGGAGUCCGAAAAAGAAAGAUGUGUUCAAGAAUUGCAUGAAGAAAAUUUAAAAGAUAAUAUAGAGGAGGAAAAGACCACCACUGAUUCUUAGAGAAAAUUAGCAGUACUUAAAAAAUAUUAUGCCAGUGGAUGUGUGUUCAGCUGGGUUAGUGGUGGUGUGUUCUGUAAUGUAGAAAUCUCAAGUCUUAGAAGGCAUUAUAUUCUAGUUUCUUGGUUUCCGAUAUAUUUAUAACCAGAGAGAAGAAUGGCUGUUUAAUUAUUUUUAUAUAGGAUAUAAUCGCAAGUGAAUUUUAUUUUUUGUUAAAUCACCUAUUAGUUAACGCAGUUUAAGAGUAUGUAUAUGAUUAUGUAACUCACUCAUAUUUUAGUUAGUGAAGUCUUAAUAAGUUGCUAAAUAGGCAGUGUUAAUCCAUUAUUUGAUGUGUUGCGGAUUCUCUACCAAUGGUCAGAUGUAAGGCUCGAUAUGAUACUGUAUUAAAGCUGUCAAUUGUCAGUUAAAGUGGAUUCAAUUCUUGUGUGUUUUUUAGUUUUGAAUAUAUCAUUUACUCUUGUCUGACUAUAAAGCCAAUCAGAAAAUAAAAACACCAGAAAUUUAUAUCUGCUCCAGCUUUCAUUAGUGUAAACUUUUUAAAUAUUUAACCUUAUGAAGAUGACAUGUGGUACUCUCAUUACUAUUAAUUAUUCUUGCAAUCUAGCUUGUGUGCUUUAUCUCUAUAUAUAUACUAUAUAAAUUUUUUUAAGUUAUUGAUGGAAAUAUGAUUCUAAUUAUU